AUGAAUGGAAAAUGUGGUAAAUCCUUCAGCCGGACCACUAAUCUUAUUCAACAUCAAAGAAUACACACUGAAGAGAAGCCUUAUGAAUGUAAUGAAUGUGGAAAAGCUUUUAGUCAGAGCACUAAUCUUAUUCAACAUCAAAGAGUCCAUACUGGUGAGAAACCUUAUGAGUGUAAUGAAUGUGAAAAAACAUUUAGUUAUAGGUCAUCCCUUAGAAAUCAUGAGAGAAUUCAUACCAGAGAAAAACCCUAUCCUUGUCAUGAAUGUGGGAAGGCUUUUAGCCAUAUUUCAGCCCAUACUCAACAUCACAGAAUUCAUACUGGAAAACCAUAUGCGUGUACUGAAUGUAGGAAAACUUUCAGCUGGAGCACACAUCUUAUUGAACAUCAGGGAAUUCAUUCUGGGGAAAAAUCCUACCAAUGUAAGGAAUGUCGCAAAGUUUUUUGCCAUAGCACAUCACUAAUCCAACAUCAGAGAACUCACACAGGAGAAAAGCCCUAUAAAUGUAAUGAAUGUGGAACAGCCUUCAGUCAUACCCCAGCCUUCAUUCAACAUCAGAGAAUUCAUAUGGGAGAGAAUCCCUAUGAAUGUAAUGAAUGUGGAAAGGCCUUCAAUUGGAGCGUACAUCUUACUCAACACCAGAGAACUCAUACUGGAGAGAAACCUUAUGUUUAUAAGGAAUGUGGAAAGACUUUCAGCCGAAGAACACACCUUACUGAACAUCUAAAAAUUCAUUCUGGGGAGAAACCCUAUCGAUGUAAUCUAUGUCAAAAACUAUUUUGCUAUAGAACAUCAUUAAUUCGACAUCAGAGAACUCAUACAGGAGAGAAACCCUACCAAUGUAAUGAAUGUGGGAAAUCUUUCGGCUUAAGCUCAGCCCUUACUAAACAUAAGCGAACACACACAGGGAAGAAACCUUAUCAAUGUAAUAAAUGUAGUGAUGUUUUUUGUCAUAGUACAUAUUUAAUUUGAUACCAAAGAAUUCAUUUUAGAAAUGAAAUCUUAUCAGAGUAA